GUUUACCAAAGAGUACCAUUUGUUUGUGAGGCAAGGUCCAAAAAUGACCCGAAAACCGCAAAAACACUUUAAUUAUUUGAUGAACAUCAUCAACCGUGGAAUUAAUCAGCUUCUUAUUAGACCAAAUAUCUCGACAGUUUCCAUUUCGUGACCCAGCUCUCCAUGGAUGACCUACCAAAUCAAAUGUGCUUAAUUGCAACUUUCACUCCCCGUCAAAACGCCUGCAACAAGUCUUAGAAACACAAUACACAGUUAAGAAUCCAUUUUCGCCGCUCGCCACAGGCGACGUAGAAUCGUAUAACUUCCUAUUUUUAAAACCCAUUGAAUAGAACCGGUGGGAAGGAAAUCGCUGAUGUUAAGGGAAAUCACGUCAUAGUGGACAACUUGUCUGUUGACAAUUUAAACAAACGCGUAAAGACAGAAACAAACAAGUAAGGGAGGUUGUAAGAUCAUAGUUUGAACUACAGAGAAAGGAGCACAUCUAAAAAAGAACUUGGUUUUAGCCAUGGUAAACAAAUUUACCUGCAGUCUUCUUCUACUCCUCUUUAUGGGCAUUUUUACUGCUGCUCCCUCGCCAACGCUAAUUUCUAUGCCAGACUGGUACGAGGUUCGAGAUGGCACUUUUAAACUGGCACAUAGUACGGACGACAACGGUACACAGUGGACUCAAAAAGUGAGCUUGGAAAGGCUCGAAGUUCUGGCGAAUGACAUGGCUCUAAAUCUACCUUUUGCAAGCUGCACCGAAGUGAAAUUUACGAGGCAGAAUAAAUAUGCGGAUCACCUUGGACAAGACUCAAAGUUUGAAGAAAUACACCAGCAAGCUGGCUUUAACCAUGUUCAUCGCACCAGUGGAGCUGUCGGUCCCCACUGUGUGUUUGACGUGGUAAUACCUUAUCAAAACUCUUCUCACAAAGAGAGGAUUGUGGGACAAUACUGUACUCCUGAACAAGCGACUGGUGGAGCAGCGGUUGGUGAUUACAACGGCGACGGAAUGGAAGAUAUUUACUUUACUGUGUUUGACGGCAGGAGCGUGCUGUAUAAAAACAACGGUGAUGGAACGUUCACUGACGUCACUACCAACGCAAAUAUUGGACCCAGUGCCCUUGCAAAUGGUGCAGUCUGGGCAGACUUUGACCAGGACGGAGACUUAGACCUGUAUGUCACAACAGUCGGGGAUACAAGGCAUUACUUGUAUAUUAACUAUGGAGGUCACUUUAGAGAAGAAGCUAUGCAGAGAAGCGGUUCGAUGCAAACAAGCGAUAAAAGAAAGCUUUCUGGAAUGACGCCAAAUGUUGGUGAUUUUGAUCAAGACGGAUUUCCUGACAUUUACGUGACAGAAUGGCUUCCCCACUCUCUGGGAAAGGUGAUUUCUUUCUGCCCUUACAGAUUUCUUGAUUGAUUGAUCUUGUUGUGCGUGUUUUUUUGCUGUGAUAGAAUUCCAUUUCCAAUACACCACCGCUUCCACCACAACCUUCACCAUCAACAUCAACAUCACCAUUACCAUCACCACCACCAU